AUGCUGAUACUGGUGGGACUGGUGCUGUGCCUCGCCCCCGCGGACGCCCUGACUGCCUUUCCCCCAAAGAUUGUGGUGGGGAGCCUGAACGAGGACUUGGUGGUGAAAUGCAACACUUCAAAGCAGCAAGUGACCUGGACACAGAACGGGGAGCUGGAGCCCAUGGCCGAGCUCGUGGCCAAGGGACGGACUCUCACCAUCCUCGGCUUGGACCUGCCGGCCACGGGCAACUACAGCUGCUGGGCCGGCGGCGUCCUGCUGGACACCACCUACGUGGUGGUCAGGGACACCGGUGAGGAGGAGGGCAAGGACGUCUCCUGCCAGGCUGACUCCUACCGCGGCUCCUUCCGCUGCUCCUGGACGGGGCCCCGCUCUGCCAUCUUCCGUGCCCGGCUCACGCGCAGGUGGGUACCCGGGACCCUGGCCCCAGCCCCACGGGCGCCCAGCGCUCACGCCUGCCUUGUUCGCAGUAACGGAUCCUUCGGGGAUUGGGUACCGGUGGCCGGUCGUGGUGGCCAGUUCAACGCCAGCUUCACGGACCCCUCCUUCUGCCCCUUCGCGGAGGAGCUGCACCAACUGCAGCUGCACCUGGAGGGGAUCUCGGACACCUCCUUCUUCAACUUCACCUCCCCCCGCUUCUUCAUCCGUGACAUUGGUGAGCUCAACCCAGCAACAGCGGGGUCCUACUUUGCUCUUCUGUACCGGCUGCAGUACGAGCUCUCCAAUGGCACCCAGGUUGAGAAGUUCGUGGAGGGCGCAGAGAAGACGAUCGUGCAGGGGCAUGUGCGGCGGGUGCGCAUCAGCUGCCAGGACCCCUACGCCAAACCCUCCUGGAGCCCCUGGAGCCCCUGGCAGAUGGUGGAUGCAGCCCAGCAGCAUAGGCUGCGUGCACGCUGA